UGUUGAUACGGCUCAGAAAACAUCACAGACAGUGGGACUCGGGUGUCACACUCAUCGUAGACAGUCAUGACUCAGAGUUAUUUUCAGAGGAUGUACUUGAUUUCUGCUAAAUUUAAGUGUGAAAAAUCGCAUAUUCUUCCUUUAACGUUAUUCUCUCAACCUCGGUUUGUGUUAAAGUGCUAUAACUAGCAAACUUUGUAUACAUUUGAGUAUUAACGCUAAUGUAAAAUUGUGCUAUUUACUAACUGAACAUUUUGCUGUUUGACUCCUUGUAUGAGUUUUUCUACGCUGUGGAAAUGCUACUUUAACUUCUGUAGAAUAUCUUCAUCCACCGCUGAAAAUAGCCUUUGUUGGCACUGCGUAUAGACAUGAGUUGGACGUGGGCACAAUGUUUAAAAAUGCGUCUUUGUCUCUCAGAGAAAGAGCUCAAGAAGAGGUGGGAUUCUCUGAGAACCCAGUACGCCCGCUACAAGCGACUUGCUCCACCUGGAAGCUCUGGAGCCCAAAAGAGUAGCAGGCAGCGGUGGAUCCUGAACCGGCUGCAGUUUUUGGAGCCACACACAAAGAGGAGGAAGACCCGCUCAAAUCGUGCUAUCAGGAAACUGGCUGACUCUGACUCGCCCUCUGAUGGCACCAGCAGCGAGACCGGAACCAGGUCCCCUCUAGAGGAGUCCAGCACCCCUCUGAAGGAGCCCAGCGUCUGUGAGGCUACAACAGGGACAUGCACUCGCCUGGCAGAGUCCACCGUCUGUGGAGAGGACUCUCGACCUGAGCCGUUGCCAACCACCUCUAGGUCGGUAACUCCCAGGCCUCGGGCGACGAGAAGCAGAAGGAUGCUCGACGAGUCUGCCAGUGAGGAGUCGGCUUACUUACUCCGGACAAUCAGAAAAAGCCUGGAGGGCCUAGCUUCUGAGAAAGACACAGAUGACAUUGCUAUGUAUUGCAAGAACUUAGAGAAAAGAUUGCGGAAGUUGCCUCCACAUGUGCGGCCAUAUUUACAGCAUGAGGUGGACAACUGCCUGUCUAAAUAUUUAGCGUACCAGAGCCAGUUAACUCAGUUGUAAAAGAUUGAUAUUAUUUUAUUGUAUGUCUUUAAUUGUACAUAUUUUAUUGUAUUUAUUGUAUGCUGCUUUAUGACUUUGUUAUAUUGACACAAAACGCUUUGACUUUAAUAAAGACAAUAGCACUUCUUUGGCAAUAUAGAAAGAUAGAUUUACUUUAUUGAUCCCAAACUGGGACAUUGUGUUGUUACAGAAGCAGGCUAUCAGAGCCAAUAAAACAAUAUAAGAAUAAAUAAAAAGUAAAUAAGCACUAAUAAUAUAAAGAAUAAGAAGAAAUAAACAUCUCACAAAAAGUAAGGAAAUGUGUCUUUGGUAGAUUAUUUCUUUGUAACAAUGCUUUUUGGCAAUGCAUCUUACACUGCUGGAAAGCCUGUUUAUUUCCCUUUUUAAAUGGUGCCAUUGGGGUGCUGGUGGCGCAGUGGUUAGAGCGUGCACCCCAUGUAUGGAGGCUGUAGUCCUCCUGGCGGGCGGCCCAGGUUUGGGUCCAACCUGUGGCUCCUUUCCCGCAUGUCGUUCCCCACUCUCUCUCUCUCUCCCUGAUUUCCGACUCUAUCCACUGUCCUAUCU